GCCAGCGGUCCCGACUUCUUGCGUGAAGGCUUUCGCUCAUCGUCCCUCGUUUCAACGCCUUUCCCGUCAUUUGCUAUACGCUUUAUUGAUUCAGUCGUCCCUCGUUCUCUCGGUUCGCUCUCUCCGCCAUGAGGUGGAAUGUUGCGGCCUGUGGCUUGAUGGGCCUGCUCGCCCAGUCUGCGACGGCCAUCACCAUGGACAUCGACAACGACCAAUCGGUCAAGGAUGCCGCCGCCACGAUAGCGUACGGAAUGAUGAGAUACUACACGGGCAACAACACCGGCGACACACCCGGAAACUUGCCGGACCCUUACUACUGGUGGGAAGCAGGCGCGAUGUUUGGCGCAUUGGUCGACUAUUGGUGGAUUACGGGCGACACAUCUUACGUGGAAGUGGCGACACAGGCGAUUGUACACCAAGCAUCCGAUACCCGAGAUUUCAUGCCCGCCAACCAGUCCCGAACAUCAUCCAACGACGACGUAGGCUUCUGGACUAUUACGGCCAUGAUGGCGGCCGAGGACGGGUUCCCGGACCCGCCUCCGGACCAGCCGCAAUGGCUGGCGCUCGUCCAGGCCGUUUUCAACCAGAUGGCUUCGCGCUGGGACGACUUGAACUGCGGCGGAGGCCUCAGAUGGGCUAUCAACGACUUUCAGACGGGAAAGGACUAUAAGAACUCAAUCUCCAACGGCCUCUUCUUCAACCUCGGCGCGCGCCUCUCGCGCUUCACAGGCAACAGCUCCUACGGCGAGUGGGCCUCGCGCACCUGGGACUGGGAGCGCUCCAUCAACCUGAUCACGGACGAAUACGACGUCAAAGACGGCGCCCACUUCGACGUGACCACACACGUGUGCCGCAACGAUUCCGGGCCGCACGUCUGGUCUUACAACAUCGGCGUCUUCCUCCAGGGCGCGGCCUUCAUGUACAACACCACAACGGGCGCCGAACAGGAAACGUGGAAGACCCGGGUGGACGGCCUGUUGGGCGCCGUCGAGACCAAGUACCUCACCAACGACACCAAGAUCAUCAAGGAAUGGUACUGCGAAUCCGGGUUCGAGGACCGCGGCCACCCGUACCAGUGCAACAUCGACCAGCAGACCUUCAAAGGCUACUUGUUGCGCUGGCUCUCUUCCACAAGCCAAGUCGCGCCCUUCACGUACGACCGCAUCAACUCGUGGAUCCGCUCGACCGCCAUCGCCGCCGCCGCUAGUUGCACGGGGCCCGUCGGCGCAGCAGCACCGCAAGUCGACAGCGGUGGCAUCCAGCCGGGCUUCAAAGGGAUAGACGGGACCGCGUGCGGGUUCAAGUGGACGCAGUCGUUCGACGGGUGGGCCGGCGUGGGCGCGCAGAUGAACGCCCUGAGCGCCGUCAUGUAUACCUUGACGCACAAGGGGCUGGGCAAGGCCGGUAAAGGGCCGGUCACGACGGCGCAGGGUGGAACAUCCAAGGGUGACCCCGGAGCGGGUGUAACGGAUCCGUCGUCGAGGGGUGGGUUGGCGGCGUUGAAGCCGAUUACGGCGGCGGAUCGCGUCGGUGCGGGCAUCGUGACGGCGAUUUUGGCUAUUAGUAUUGUCGGGGGGAGUGUGUUUUUGACUAUUUAACCAGCGGGCAGCCGGGCGUUGGGCUAAGCAAGCCGGUGCGGGCGAUAUGAUGAUUUUUUGUGUUUUUGGUUUUUGAUAAAUGGGCAGGCAAAGCAAUAUAGGCUUUUUUUAUCCUUUCUCAAUCUUCGCUUUUCUUGUGUGUUUAAAUACUGCUUCAAGGCUU